CUAGCUGUCUGCCAAAGCAUGACAAGAUUUAAAAAAAAAAAAAACAGUUUCGAGUGUGGGCGGAAGCGUUAAUGAACUUUUUUGUGCUCUGCAUGACAAUUUAAGUUUGGAUUAAUUAAAAAAAUAAAAAUAGAAUAUGAUUCUUGGAAAGAAGACAAAUAAUAAAACAAAUGGAAUUAAUACUAACCUGUUUUAUUGCAGAAAUGAUCAUUUUAAUUAAUAUUUAUUUGUCUUUUUGAAGUGUUUUAAAACAUAUUGAUGCAUGUUUGAUUAAUAAUUGUUCUGCUGCACCAGAUGUCAUUACUGAUUGCAGUAAAAAUAUUGUAAAAAAAAAAAGUUGUUUCAUGUUAAAUGCUAUUGUUGGAAAGUGUUUGUUCUUUGAUGCAUUUAUUGCAACAACCAUACAAGAUUGAACAAAUGUUCGACCUUUUUUGUUUUCAGGUGAAUUCCUAUAUUAUUGCUGCAAUCUGGAAAAUGUCGGGAAAUGGAAAAAAUCCGCUCAGCUCCACAAGAGCCUCCUCCAUCCAAAAGCAGACCUUCUGUCUCACCAUAUGGAUCGCUAUGGCUCAACCCACACAACUAUCACCAACCUCCACCUCUCACACAUACACACACAAAAUCAAGCGACCCCCUCCAGACACACACACAUUCUUGCACAGUCAAAAGCUACACACACAGAUUUGACCUUUAAGAUGUUUGGUUUUGUUUUUCCUGAAGGAUUUCUGCAGUGACCUCUGCGCCGGAGUGCCAAUUCCCACUGGUUUUGAUGGUGGUGGGCCAACAGCUGUAUAGGAGGGGCCUUUUUUUCAGAUAAGGAUGGCAUUAGGCAGGACCAUUAGCGUCCUGUGGAUUACUGUAAUCCAGCUUCUCUGACAGUAUUGGCUUGCCUGCUCACUCUUCAGUCUGUCCUCCUGGUUUGGAGCAGCUUGGAAGAUGGCUCUCAACUCCCAACGCUUCCCGCUGGCUCUGCUUCUCCUUGGAAUUGCUGUGUUCGUCACGAUUCACGCUCAAGAGGUGGGGAUCUCUGAGGGUCGAAGUAGGAAUUCCUGCAAAUGUGACUGUGAGGGAGGAGAAGCCCCAACGGAGUUCUCCUACAUCGGGUCCAGCUCAAUGGUGAAAGGAGUGGACUGCAUGCCAGAAUGUCCUUACCACAAACCUCUUGGGUUUGAGGCUGGAUCUGUGAGUCCAGACCAGAUCACCUGCUCCAACCAGGACCAGUACACCGGCUGGUUCUCCUCAUGGCUUCCGAGCAAAGCCAGGCUGAACAGUCAGGGCUUUGGAUGUGCCUGGUUAUCCAAGUUUCAGGACAACAGUCAGUGGCUGCAAAUAGACCUGAAGGAGGUGAUGGUGGUGUCGGGAAUCCUCACUCAGGGUCGCUGUGAUGCAGAGGAGUGGGUCACCAAGUACAGCGUUCAAUACCGCACCGAUGACAAACUCAACUGGAUCUAUUACAAAGACCAAACUGGAAACAACAGGGUGUUUUUUGGGAACUCUGACCGCUCAGCAUCUGUCCAGAACCUCCUGCGGCCUCCCAUUGUGGCACGCUACAUCCGCAUCCUUCCUCUGGGUUGGCACACUCGCAUCGCUUUGCGUCUGGAACUGCUGCUCUGCAUGAAGAAGUGCACAUAAACCCGUUUCCCUGCCAUCCCCGAGGCCUUGUCUCAAACGUCUGUGGUGUGUGAUUGUGCAUUGACAGAUUUGGCCCACAUGUAGCAACUUAGUGCUAAAAUGCAAAAGCCUGUAUUCCUUUUUUUAUUAUUACUUUCAGCACGAGUACAUCAAAACAGGUCUGUUUGAUAUGUACAACAAGCUCUCACUUGCUUUGCUCCUCAUUGUUUGUUCCAAACCCGUCUCCCACUUAGGCUUCAUUUGGAGAGUUCUCAAUAGAUCACUUCAUUUGCAACAAAAUGGCAUAAUUUCAAAGCGAUAAUUAGUAGUUGAGGGAAAAGGGACGGGAUGGGGGGGGAGAUUGCGGCCACAGGUGUGAGACAAGCACUUGUUGUUCUGUGACACAUGGGAAUAAAAAAAAUCUCAGUUCUUCUCCUGGUAUGUGAUUAAAACAUUUGGACUCUGCUUCCUUUUGUUGCUCUAAGUAGAUUUUUACAGCUAACAAAUCCCAUUACAACAUGGAAAACACUUUUUUUUGCAUCUCUCUCAUAAGAAUUGAAAUAAUCGCCUUUUUGUAGAUUUUUGAUCCAACAGAAACAACAAAAGACCCAUUUCUCUGGGUAAUUUCUUUAAAUUUAAUGCUAAAAUUGUCUUUUUUAAGUUGCAAGCAAACAAAUGCUAUUACUGUUUUCAUAUUUUUGUUAAUGCCCAAUCACCUUUCCUGUCUCAUAUUCCCUUUUUCUGCCUACAUUCAACAUUUUUUUUGUACUUUGUGUUCUUUUUUGAAGAAUGUGGUGCUUCUUUGUUCGACAAAGGUUAAAGAACAGAUAACUCUGUCAUGUUUGGUGUUAAAAUCCCAUUUCAAGUAUCUUAAAGAAAAAAUCUGUAUUUUAUCCUCAAACUACUCCCUGUAAUAAAUCUAUGUGAGUGUU